UAUAAAUAUUUAUAUGAUAAAAUUGUAAGUAUGUCGGUAUAUAUUUUCUUUCUUUUUCUCCAACUUUGUGCCCUGUAUUCUAGCUUCAUCAGAAUCUGAUACAGAAAGAGACACAAUGAGUCUAUUUGGUCUGGGAAGCAGAAACCAGAAAACAUUUCGUCCUAAAAAGAAUUCUCAACCAGGGAGUAAGGACAUGUUUGGUGAAAAAUUACAGGGAGCUCAGCUUCAGAAGCACAUUGAAACAACUUUGGGCAAUGGGAAUUUAAAGGAAGUCAUAAGGCUUCCUCCUGGUGAAGAUUGUAAUGAAUGGCUAGCUGUGAACACUGUGGACUUUUUUAACCAAGUGAACAUCCUCUAUGGUACUCUCACUGAAUUCUGCACUCCAACCAGUUGUCCAGUCAUGAAUGCUGGACCAGUAUACUCGUAUAAGUGGGCUGAUGGGGUUACCAUAAAAGAACCAAUAAAGGUCUCUGCUCCAAAAUAUGUUGAGUACUUAAUGGAUUGGAUUGAAGUUCAGCUAGAUGAUGAGUCAAUAUUCCCUCAAAGAUUGGGUGCUCCUUUUCCACCCAAUUUCCCAGAUGUGGUGAAGACAAUCUUCAAGAGGCUGUUUCGUGUGUAUGCACACAUUUACCACAGUCAUUUUGAGAAGAUUUUGAGUUUGAAGGAAGAAGCUCAUCUCAACACUUGCUUUAAGCAUUUUGUUCUGUUUGUAUGGGAGUUCCAGUUGAUUGACAAACGACAGCUCGAUCCUCUUCACGACCUUGUUGAGAGCAUUCUAAGGCAAUAAUAGAUACCGGUCGUGAAUUAUCACCUCAAAUUUUGUACUUUUUCUUUCCCAUUGAAAGAAUUUUUUUAUUUAAAGUUUAGUUUUGCAAUUUGGGAACAUGAAUUGUUUUAGGAUUGUAUGUGAUUUUUUGUUGGAGUGGGAACAUGAAUUGUUUUAGGAUUGUAUGUGAUUUUUUGUUGGAGUGGGAGGGAAAUAUUGCUUUCUUCCAGCACCAACAACUCAUCACUUGCAUUUUUUUUAAACACAACUUAGAUAUGAUCGAAAUAAUUAAUAAAACAAAGUCGCACAAGCUUUUAGUGUGAA